AUGGCCCGCGAAGGAUACGUCUGGUGCACCCACUGUCACCAGUCACUGCCACGCAAGCGCGAACGGGAGCACCGUCGCCUCAACAUCCAGCCCUAUCCCCCACCGCAGCCCUCUCCCUCGCGACGUCGCAGGAUCAUCGAGAUCGAGUCGGAAGAUGAAGAGUUCGAGGAUUAUGAAGGAGAUGAAGGGUCCGACGACGAGGAAGAUGGCCACUCCACCAGAGCGAGAUCGGACGGUGGAUCGGCUGCUCGGGCAAGCACUCCCGCGUAUACGGAAUGCGGCGCGUAUUCUCCCUCGCCGGCUGUUGAUAACGAUGGACCUGAAGCGUCACACGAUGUUGACGAGGAGCUCGAGGCUCUGGACGUGACAUGGGAACUCCAUCCGCUGCGUGAAGGGCUGGCUGCUGCACAGGAGGAGAUUGCAGUUGAAGAAGAUCGGGCACAGGUGGAGGGAUGGGCAUCAACGGAAGGGGAGGAGCUUGACGUUGCGGCCGAAGCGGAGGACUCCGACGACGAGGACGAUUACUUCGACUGGGAUGCCUUCAAGGCUCGAGCGGAGGCUACGUCCGCUUUUGACGACCUCCGGGCUAAUUACGAGCGCAUGGCAGCUCAAGCUCGUACACUGGAUGCGUAUGACCGCGCGAUCUGCCGCGCGUUUUCGUUCAAACUACAGAGUCAGACGUCGGACCGCGCGUUUGCACAGAUUCCAUAUGCUUUCCCCCAGCAACCUGAACUCCCCUCCCUGCACGAGAUUCGACGCCGCGUGUCCAUGCUUGCCGAGUUUCAACCUCAGACCUACGACUGCUGUGUCAAUUCAUGCUGCUGUUAUGUUGGCCCCCACGCUCACUUGCAAUCCUGUCCCUACUGUGACGAGCCGCGUUAUCGAUCCAACGGAAAGCCUCGCAAGCGCUUCACGUACAUCCCAGUGAAGCCGCGUCUCCGUGCCUUUGUGCAAAACCAGCGCAUGGCUGAACUCAUGCGCUACCGUGGCCAUGAGCAUCCGAACGCGCGCGAGGCAGGGAAGAUGACGGACGUCUUCGACGGCAGGCACUACCGCAUGCUGCGGGAGCGUCACGUCAAGCUGCGUGGUCGCGAGCAGGAGCACAAAUACUUCGACGACACACGCGACGUCGCAUUGGGCUUGUCGACGGAUGGCUUCGCCCCUUUCAAGCGCCGUAAGCACACUGCAUGGUGA